CCUAUACGGAAGCGCGGACGUCACACCCGCUUGCAGAGCAGCUGGGGCAGCUGCCGGAGGAGGAAGUCCGCUGGGAAGAGGGGAAGCUCGGGCAGGCAAGCAGGGGAGGAAGCGCAGCGUACUUGAGUAGGGGAAAAAAUGUCAUGGAUAAGAGAAGGAGAACUGUCCCUUUUUGAGAAAUUCUGUGCCAGCGUAAUAAAGGCAGGACCAAUGCCCAGGCACAUUGCAUUCAUCAUGGAUGGCAACCGCCGCUAUGCCCAAAAGCAUAAAGUGAAGAAACUGGAAGGACAUUCACAGGGAUUUGCAAAGCUGGCACAGACCCUCCAAUGGUGUUUGAGUCUAGGUGUCCGGGAAGUCACAGUUUACGCCUUCAGUAUUGAGAAUUUCAAGCGUUCUCAGGAAGAAGUGGAAGGCCUCAUGGAACUGGCAAGACAAAAAUUUACUCGCCUUCUAGAAGAACAGGAAAACUUGGAGAAACAUGGUGUAUGCGUUCGAAUCAUUGGGGAUCUGCCACUCCUGCCACGAGAUAUCCAGGAACAAAUAGCCAAGGUUGUGCUGGCAACAAAGCACUACAACAUGUGUUUUUUGAACAUUGCCUUUGCCUACACAUCGAGGCAAGAAAUGAGUGAUGCAGUGAAAGAAUUGGCUUGGGGCGUGGAAGAAGGGUUGCUUCAACCCAGUGAUGUGUCCGAGUCACUGAUUGACAAAUGCCUUUACUCCUCCAAAUCGCCUCACCCCGACAUCCUGAUAAGAACUUCUGGAGAGGUGCGCCUGAGUGAUUUCAUGCUCUGGCAGACAUCCUAUUCUUGUCUGGUGUUCCAGCCUGUGUUGUGGCCCGAGUAUUCCUUUUGGAAUUUAUGGGAAGCUAUCCUUCGUUUCCAGAUGAAUUAUAACGCUUUACAGAAAGCCAAAGAUUUAUACAUGGAAGAAAGGAAGUGGCAGCAGAUGGAAAAAGACAAAGCCUGUGUGUUGGAGAAGCUGAAAGAGGAAGGGUCUACAGCCUGUGCAGAUAUUCAGAGACGGCGGGUACUCUUACAGGAAUUAAGAGCUCAGCGAGAGGAGAGAAUCCAGGGGUUUUUGGAGGCCCUGGAGAACAAAAGAAUGGACUUCUUAGAAAAAUUGGCUGUGGUAUCUGCGUGACAAGAAAGAGUUUGUAGGACUGAGCAUAGAUGGAGGAGGGCAGGGAACCAGAAGGACCUGAGACAAGUCACAAAUGCUUUAGCUGCUGCCUAGAGGGAUUAACUUGACCAUGGGAAUAUAAGUUUUGUAUGUGUGUUCUUUGUAAACAUAUACCAAGACUUGACUUGGAUUUGAGGAACCUGCAAGUCUUUAAAUAUUGGUGGACAACUGCUCCCAGUAUCCCUAAACUUUUGACAUGCCAACUGGCGCUGAUGGGUAUCUGAAUCCAACAACAUGGGCCAUGCGUUCUCCACCUGUGCUUUACCUCCUUUAUAUGUCUGGUUAUUAUCCAAUCUGUGGUUGGGAGUAUGACAACUGAAAUAAGUCUAUGCUUCCUUAGUUGACUGUUGGUUAAAGCUAACAGAACAAAAUAUAUUUUGGUAUGGAAUUAGUUCUUAAAACAGACAGCCUUAAAUUUUAUGUACGUACAAAGGUUUGUGCAUGCAGUAGGGCUUUCAUUCAACCUUAUCAAAUGGCAGCAUUUUUGUAUUAGGGUCAAGAAAUUCCCUAGCAUUCUAUAUACCCAAGUGCAAUACCAUGCAGGAAGCUCCUAUUGAGAGAAUGACAAGACCCUGUUGUAUGCACACAAGGAAAAUGCAUGUUUUGAAAGAAACCAUCACCUUCUAAAGAACAUUAUCUUUGUUCUCAAUUAAUGUAGAAAUGUAGUGGUGAAAUCCUGUUGCUUAGCACAAGCCAAAUAGGAACUUUUGGUCUGUCCCUUUCUGAUUUAAAAAAAAGCAGCCCAUUGUGAUUUUUGGGGUACAUGUGAAUACACACCAAGCUAGCAUGCACAUGUACCUUCCAGAGUCAUGGCAGGGAGGAAUGAACUGAAAGUUACCAUUUGGCUUAUACUAAAGAACAGGAUUUGAGCCACUGGUUUGUUUUUCAUUCCUAUGUUCUUUGAAUGAAAUGAUAGAAACAUGCCAGUUUGAAAGACCAGGGUGCCUCUGUAUGUACACAACACAAAAGCAUGUGAAGUUUCAGUGGCUUCAGAAGAUUAGGAGAAUAUUCCUUCUGUUUGGCUCCAUGUGUGUUUCAGAGCUCUGGACAGGCAUGCUAAACAUAAUUUAAGUUCUUCAAGACGUAUUUAAUACAACAUCCUCUCUUGGGGUUUUGAAGAUACUGUUUCACUUCUGGAUGGCUGUCUUGAAUGAGGCAAGUUCAGUGGCACUACAAGACAUCCCCUUUUUUUAAAAAUGGCACUUAAACUCUACAUUCUGGAUACAGCCGUGAAGAUGAGGAUGUCUAUGAACAAAACAUGUUUGUCACAGAUAUAUUUUUAAAAGUUUCUAUUCUAAGGGAGUCCAAAGAUGUGUCGCUUCAUGGUCAUUUUCUGGUGUUUCAUUCUGAAAAGAUGAGGAUGAAAUUACUUCUCGAUGCACAUUACUAUGAAAUAUUGAUGACCAAUAAAUGAUAGAAACUUUGGUCUUUCACUGCAGUUUUUUCUGAUAUUCCAAAGGUGCGCUUCCAGAUAUCUUGACCCCAAGCUUGUUGUCUGCAUUCAGGUAAUCAGAGUGGUCUCUUCACUGUGUUUAUUUUAUAUAAGAAGUAUUGCCAGCAGAAGAGCAGGCUCCCUUGUGAUAUUGCCCUGACUCUGGGUUGUUCUCUGACACACAUUUGCCUGGUGCCAAGAUUGUUUUUUUUUUAAGCUGCAUGGUCAAAAUAUCUCCUUAUUUGCACAAAUAUUUUAGAAAUAUGUCAAAAAUACAGAAUUAUAUAAUUUGAAUUUGUA